AUGGCGCAUCGAUUCAUGGUUCCCGAUUCCAGCCCCGCGCCAUCUACCCCGGAUAAGAAAUCGAAGAAUGGAAUGACCUUCUCAUUCCUGGGGGAUAAUCCCUCAACCACACCAGCGGGACCUCCUCCCUCGUCACAAGCCUCCUUCACACCUGCAGGCGCCCCAUCAGAAUCUUAUCUCGGCAGUUCAAUCAUGCGAGGUGUAAACACAAGUAGCAAGCCCUUUGGCUUCGCUGGCAGUCAAUCACAAGGUGCACCAGGGAGAAAUCUGUUUGGUCGCCCUGAACCCUCUAGUGCACCGCUGGGGCACUCCAUCAGAGGAACUCAACGGCAACCUUCUAACCUCAGCCAGCAAUACAGCAUCAGCGAUGAAGAAGAUGAGGAUGCUGAGGGUGAGGAUGAGCUGCCACCACAUAGCUUGUUUCGAAAAUCUAGCGCCUUCUCGCGUCACGGCGACGACGACGACGACGAAGAUGCUGAAGGCGACGACAUCGAGGCUGAGAUCCAACGGUACAUUGACGAGGAUAUAGAAGGUGACGAAGAUGCUGAGGGUGAAGAAGAUGAAUCAGAGGAUGAGGAAAUGUCCGAGGAGGGCUCUGAAGAGGGAGAUUUGUUUCUCAAUAUGCGACACGACGACCGGCCAUACGGGCAACCCAUUAUUGGAGAAGGAGACGACUUGAUGAUGUUGAAUACCCCGGCGGCAACAGACAGAGUUCGCAAGGAAGCCGAAGAUAUUUUCCGACGAUCAUCUGCACGACUUGGCGGCUCUAUGCGAAACAGAGAAUUCCAGUUUUCGACUAUUGCUAGAGAUAUUUACACCCAGCAAGACGCCGCGAGAAUAUCCGAGAAACCUGAUUUGAUCCUAAAGACAGAGGACCUCGUCUGCCGCCUCUACGAUGAGGGAAUCGGCGCUGUGGACGAUGCAGAGAAGAUGGAUAACUCAUUAGCCAACAUUACAUACCGGCUAGUCAAGCUCUGGAAUGACUACGUCGAAGACUUGCCGCAACCUGAAGGAGAGGACUUUGCAACGAUUGGGCCAGGAACUGACGCAGAACCUUUCGAAAGGGCAGCCUAUGUCGCUCAUUUGAUUCUGCGCAUGCAUCACACUAGAUUCGACAGUGACACGGAAAAUGAGAAGACGCCUCCCCUGCCUGAAGUUCUCUUCGAUUGGCAACAGGCUAGCCACAACUUGUAUCCCGACCAAAUUCGAGAAAUAAGUCGCUAUAAACCGGGACCGGCUUGCCAUAGCCUUUAUUGGCAGACCCUUCGAAACGCUUUGCUCAGAGGCGACGUCAGCGGUGCAUCUCAGCUUUUGAAGAAUGCUGGCUGGGAGCAUGUUCGAAGAGGGCCAAGGGGCGACAAGGCGUACACCGGCAAAGCCUUGGAAAACGUUCGACGCUUUGCGGAAGCCACCUGCGACAUGCUGGAGAAAUGCCCAGCCAUGGCCGGAGACUGGGAUAUCUGGAACAGCAGCUGGACUCUGUUCCGUGUCCAGGCUCGUGGAUCCCUGGACAGGCUUACUCUUUUUGCAGAGGGCCGUGAAACACGACUGACGGGGCCCAUGGACGACACCUACUCGCCAGAGCCACAGUCCAUGUCAACAAUGGCACGAAAGGCAUCGAGCCAGAUCCCCUGGGACGUGUAUGAAAACCUGCAAAUUGUUUACGGCAUCGUUCUUGGAAACCAUGAAUCUAUUUUAGAGACUGCCCAGGACUGGUGUGAGGCGACAGUUGGGUUAUUUGGUUGGUGGGAUGAUGGCAGUCAGCAUCACAAGAGUUUGAGGUUGGCUCAGUCUCGAGGCUUUCGAGCGUCGAUUGGAUCACAAUUUGGAGCCUCGUCAGACUAUUUUGAGCGCCUAGGCUCCGCAUUUCGCUUGGUUCUCCAGUCAGACAUGAGCCCGAAUCCUGUGAACCCCGUUGAAGUUGCCAUUGCCUCGUGCUUCGAAGGCAAUGUGGAUGGUGUCAUUGGCCUGCUGAGGAUUUGGUCGCUUCCUGUAGCCUCAUCUGUAGCCGAGAUUGCCUCACUUGGCGAGUGGCUACCGCCGACGGAAAUCGCAAAGCCUUUGCCGAUGGAUACCUUGGACAUGGACGAUCUUGCUUUGCUUGGAGUAGUCCCACCGUCGACUGAUGAGUUGGAAGGAAUAAAAGAUACUACUCUGGUGUUAUACGCGCGAGAAUUGGCUGGAAUUGAGCAUCUUUCUGCCCAAAGAGAUGGGUGGGAAAUGGCCAUUCAGGUGCUUGGUAGAAUGGACCUGCCACAGAAGUCGGAGGAGACUGUUGGAGAGCUCCUGAGAGAUUUGCUUGCCACACUAGACGAGAAUUCCAGCACAACAGUUGACCGGAUGUGGAGAAUAUUGAAUGAUCUGGGCAUGAUUACGUAUGCCGAGGAGACUGCAGAGACCUUUGCCGAUAUCUUAUCCAAGGAAUCACACAGAUUUGGCGAGGCACUGUGGUACUACGCCUUGUCACAUCGGCGAGACAGGGUUCGAGAGGUGUUGAAUCUUCUCAUUUCAUAUUCACUGAUUCAGUCGUCGGCUUUCCCGCCUGAGAAGGACCUGGAUGACGACCUCAAGAACUUACUUCGCAAGAGAACAGAGACACUGGAGGCUCGUGCGAAGCAAGAUUUAGAGGCUGCACAGCUGUUGGGGCGCAUGCUCAGUGGCUACGCAACCUUGCGAAAGUUUUACGAACUCCGUGACGAACUACGACCGGAGGAGAUUUCAAAUACAAAAGCGAAGACGCUGAAGAAGCAGGCUGGAAUUGCUUUAAUGGUUGUCAUUUCUAGUUCGGACGAUAAUAUUCGAGGAGGAUUAUACGAUGAGACGCGGGAUGCAGUUGUGAGCGAAGACUUUUUGCUAGCCCUACUCGGCGAGGCCACCGUCUUCAUCAAUCAGACGCCAUCAGUUGUGUCUCUUGACCAGAUUGAGAUUCUGCUCAAGGCCGUGGAAGACGUACAAGCUGUAGGAUCCCGGGUUUACGAGUCUUGCGAAUCCUUCUUCGAUUUGGUUCUCUCAUCAGGCCAGGGCCUGAAGGGGUCCACUCCCGCGGACCUCAUGAAGAAAUCUACGGCAUCACUAGGUGCGAGCAGCUAUGUGAUGAGUGGGAGCUCAAUGCUGGUCAGCCACAUGCACAAGUCGACAGUGGCUGGCGGCAAGAUCACUCGGGGCUGGGACUGGAGGAAGGGAUGGCAUGUGUCGACCAAGGGCGAGGAUGUGCUCCGAAAGCUGCGACUAGGACUGUCCAGGGACCUUGCCUCGCUUUGGUUGGAGGACGCGGACGGAGUUGCUGUAUAUUGA